CAUUUCUUUUUCCCUCCCGCUUUUGGGUGUUUUUACCCUUCUUUUGCUAUCCAUUUUCAACCCCUCUGUGAUCGUCAUGGCAGAAGAGGAUAAAAGUACCGACGAUACGUUUGUCCAUGAUACUUGCAACAGAUUUCAAUACAACGAACUGUAUAAGCUUUGCAUUCCUGAGAUUGAUUUGGAUCCUCGCGAAGAUUUGAAGUCAAAUUUAACAGGUUUUCUAACUAUAUUCGUGAAUCAUACCAUCAACAAUUUCAAUGACAACCUUAUAUUCCUUCAAAGAGAGAUAAAGUCAGGAAAGCUAGAUGCUGAAACAAAAUUGAUGUAUGACAAGUGUUCAGAAUCUUUUGGAAUGGGAUACACCAAAUUGCAAGAGUCAAUGCAUAUAUUACUGACCCAACCAGGUACAAACGUGUAUGAUUUACCGACAAUGAGUGUUGAUAAACGUAUAAGUGUGUGUUUUGAUGAUUUUGAAGAUGACCCUAUUCCACCAGAAUGGCAGUCUCGUUACAAGACUUCGUGGAAUUUAGUGUCUCUCAUUUUAGGAACGUCUAAUCUUAUUAAAUGUAAUCGUGAAGCUUCAUGUAUUCCUUGAUUAUUACUCAUAUACUUAUUUAAAAUAAAAGUUUGUUGGAUUGAAUA